CGUUUGCGCGACGAUCUCGGUGGGACGAUCGCGCACGGGAUAAUAACGAUUUCGCGAUUCAAUUCAGCCGAUUAAAAUUAAAAAAACCGAUCGAAUCGAUUCGAUUUCGACACGUAAUUUUACAUAUCGUCGAUUUAUCGCUGAUCCAUCACGUUCGGUCUCUCGGUAAAAUGUGAUUGUACAAUUGUCGCGUAGAGAACUUUGAGAUCUGACGUUGUGUACGUAAAACGUGUUGUUGUUUAUGUACCUUUCCAUCAACAAGAAGUUUUCAAAUUCUGCAAUUUUUGCGGAAGCUUGAAGCUGUGUGUCAAGAACCGCAUAAAGUAAAGUGCAAAAACUUUGACGCAAAAUAAAAUAGAAUGUCAGGCCCAAUGGUUUUGUGUCAACUAUGGAUGGGUGGCUUGGAGCCGUACAUGACCGAGAGUUUUAUUAUGAACGCAUUUCACAAGAUGGGCGAACAGCCGCAAACGGUUAAGGUAAUGCGCAAUCGGUACACCGGGGAACCCGCGGGAUACUGCUUUGUGCAUUUCCCAACCGAUGAGAUGGCCCUUGAUGCUAUGCACAAGUUAAAUGGCAAAAUGAUACCUGGUUCAAAUCCUCCUGUGAGAUUCAGAUUAAAUCACGCGAGCACCACGGGAAAGCCCGCAGCCGAAAGAGAGUUCAGUAUUUGGGUGGGCGAUUUGUCCACGGAUGUGGAUGACUAUUCCCUGUACAGAGCGUUCGCCGCAAAAUACAAUUCGAUCAGAACAGCCAAAGUUAUAUUGGACAGCUCCGGAUUUAGCAAAGGUUACGGCUUUGUCAGAUUCGCAAACGAAGAAGAACAGAAAAAUAGUCUGAUCACUAUGAAUGGCUACAGAGGACUCGGGACGAAAUCCCUAAAGAUCUGCAACGCAGUGCCUAGACCUUGGAACAAGAUGUCUGGGUACGUUUCAACCCCACCGCAGUCAGCUUCCGAAUACCCGACGUCAAACAUGAAUUCGGAAGCAUACAAUUAUUACGACACGUCGUCCUAUUGGAACAGCUACAGCGCUUGGCAGCAAGGCUACUACGAGAGUGAACCUACGUCAGAAGCGUACAACACCUACGUGUCAGAUCAGAAACCUGAGGAAGACGAAUUGGAAUUGAUUGAGCACUCAGUUCCCCUUGACAUUGACAAGGCAAACAGAGAAAUUAUCGAGCAGGAUUACAACUUGUGGGACGCUCUGGAAAGCUCGAAAUGGAUUCCGUGUGACACCAUAGAACUGUGUUAUUAAUUAAGAGAAAAGACCAAAUAUAUAAUCAUCUUUCACUAUAAGAAAAAGUAAGAUACUAUCGCAAAAUAUAUUGUGUAAAAUAUAAA